AUGAAGAGUAAGAGUCUUAUCAGUUCAAUUCAUUGCAGUAGCUUUCUUAAAUCUUCUUCUAGUCCCCCCGUAGACACCUCAAUCGAAGCACUGCAACGGACCCUUGAGGGUCUAGAGCUAGACGAUCAACAGCGAAACCGUUUGGAGGCCUUCUUUAUCCAGCGGCAACGAGUAGGCGAAAAUCUUUGCCUUGAAGACUUUACACUAAAAGGGGAGCUGGGAGCAGGUAACGGCGGUGUUGUCACCAAAGUUCUCCACAUGCCGUCGGGUCUGGUGAUGGCACGCAAGCUGAUCCGUCUUGAAGUGAAGCCGCAAAUUCGCAACCAGAUUAUCCGCGAGCUAAAGGUCUUACAUGAGUGCAACUCACCACAUAUCGUCGGUUUUUAUGGGGCUUUCUACUCUGAAGGAGAGAUUAAUAUCUGCAUGGAGUACAUGGAUGGCGGCUCCUUAGACUUGGUACUGAAAAAAGCAGGACGUAUCUCUGAGCAAAUUUUAGGCCAAAUUACAAUCAAUGUCAUCAAGGGUCUGAUAUAUCUGCGUGAGAAGCACCAGAUUAUUCAUCGAGACGUGAAACCUUCAAAUGUGCUUGUCAACUCUCGGGGAGAGAUAAAAAUCUGUGACUUUGGAGUCAGUGGCCAGCUAAUUGACUCGAUGGCAAACUCCUUUGUAGGCACGCGCUCUUACAUGUCGCCUGAGCGGCUUCAAGGUAAUCAGUACUCUGUGCAAUCUGACGUCUGGUCACUUGGUCUGUCUCUGGUCGAGUUGGCCAUUGGCCUCUAUCCUAUUCCACCGCCUUCGCAGAAGCAAUUGGCAAAGAUUUUCGGCCCGGCGUACGACUCAUCACUGGACACCAGUUCGGCUGAUCCAUCUUCGCCCGGUUACAAUAUGGCCAGUCCAUAUGGAAGCAAUCGACACUCAUCAUCGGCGGCCAGUGGCGAAUCAUCCGAUGCGACGCCGUCCCUCUCCAUCUUUGCACUGCUCGACUACAUCGUCAUUGAGCCGCCUCCAUCGGUGCCACUCGGUGUCUUCACUCCUGAGUUUAAGGACUUUGUUGAUAGCUGCCUAAAGAAGGAGCCCCAUGAACGACCCGACCUUAAUGGCCUCAUGAGUCAUCCCUUCAUCAAGCGUUCCGAGCAGGAAUCAGUUGACUUUGGUAGCUGGAUCUGCAAGGUGAUGAAUCUCGAACCGCCCUCUUCGCCGACCUCUCGAACCGCCCCCUCCUCAUCAACCGCAACAGCUGCUUCCUCCUCUGGGUCUUCACUCAACUUUGCCGACCUUCACCCGAACGCCCCUGCUUUCAGUAGACUGAGACAGGACGCAAAGACUGAGAAGAACGGUCCGGCGUCAGCCUCAGAGACGCCCCCUCGGUCGCCAGCAGUAGUCAACAGCAGCAGUACGACCAACAGCGUAGAACCAACAGCGGCAGCACAGCAGUAG